CCAUUCCUGCAGUAUUAUGUUACACCCCUCCUCACCCAAUCACAGCGCUCCCCAAAAUCCUCCUGCCCGCUAUAAGAGCCCCGGUCGUCCCAGUCUUGGCAGAUACCUCUCCCUCUCUGUGGCGCACGAGAUUUACCGUUAUACAAGCUCACACCUCCACUGCAGGCCACACGUCUUAUUACCUGUCGUGUUUGUUGAUGUUGUAACCAGUUCAGUGGGUUAGUGUCAGGGGUUAUUACGGUCCAAUAGACCAAAGAAAAGUUUUGGAAGAGACGAUGCGGGAAGAGGACUCCUCCCCAAUGGACAGUGCGGGGAACAGUGAGGAGGAGACCGACCGUCAGCUGCCGCGGAGAGGCGCGAGGAAGCGGAGGGCGACGCGGAAGAGCGCUUAUGAUGAUGAGGAGGGAGACACUGAGAGCCCGAGUCCCGAGAAGAAGAAAUGCAGAAAGAGUUGUGACGGCGGAGGCGGCAGCGCAGGGAGCGUCGGCAGUGAAGGCAGCAGCAGCCCCGAGCCCUCCUUCGACGACCUACAGACUCAGCGCGUGAUGGCCAACAUCCGCGAGCGGCAACGGACACAGUCCCUCAACGAGGCUUUCACGUCGUUGCGUAAGAUCAUUCCCACCCUCCCAUCGGACAAACUCAGUAAGAUCCAGACUCUGAAGCUCGCGGCCCGGUACAUCGACUUCCUGUGCCAAGUUCUCCAGAGCGACGAGCUGGACGCGCGAGGGACCAGCUGCAGCUACGUGGCGCACGAGCGCCUGAGCUACGCGUUCUCGGUCUGGAGGAUGGGUGGCGCGUGGUCCCUGUCUACUACGUCCCACUAGCAGGGCUGCUGUGGAUGGUGCAGCACGAUUGCCCAGUCUGAAGAACCAGUGGACCAGGCUGAAACUUCAGAUAGACUGAAACAAAAAGGCCAAACACAGCUGAGGCCCAGCCUCUGUGCUUCAGGCCUCUGAGGAGAGCGGGCUUUUCAUAUUUCCCAUUGCAUGGACUGUAAUGUUUGCAAGGGAGCACUUAGGACAGACAGGACGGAUAUGAAGAAAGAAAGACCACUGCGACUAUGAAUGUUUGUAAAAACAAUAUGAGCUCUGAGGAGCCGCUCUGUUUUGAAACAAGAGAGAAAAAUGACAAUUCAUUCCACAUUCCCUGUGACAGUGUUUCACAGCAAAUGAAGUAUUUUGUAUUUAUUUUUCUACACAUGUUUGAAAUUCCUUCUCCCCCACACUCAAAUAAAAGUUAUUUAUUUUUGGGAUAUCUCAGAAUGCUGAAUGGAUCUGGAGUCUGCACAUUUUGAGUUUUGUAAAUAUUUGGCAACAUCUUCAAUUAAAAAAAAAAAAAAAUCAAAGUAUCAUUCCUACUUCUCAGUUGUCUGGAUAUUCAUUAUAGACUUGGGAUCAAGCUCCAUAACAAGAGGCUGGACAUUAAAACAACAA